GCCACGCAGAAGCGGUUGUAAGCGCGUGUCGGUGACUAGCCGCCUCCAUUUUGUGAGCUUGUUGUCGGGCUCCGUCGUUGAACGACCAACGGUCCGGGCUCACCUUCCUCCCGAGGCUUUUCACGUCUUAAUUUUUGUUUUCUCGCCGUUAUAGCUACGCGUUUGCGUUUGUUCUUUUCCACCCUGGCCAUGGCAGAGUACAUACGUGUGGCCGAGGAGGAGUCGGAGGAGCCGAUGGAGAUCCCGUCGGAAGACGACGGCACGGUGCUGUUGUCCACCGUGGCGGCGCAGUUCCCGGGGUCGUGCGGCCUGCGUUACCGCAACCCGGAAAACCAGUGUAUGCGAGGGGUGCGGCUGGUGGAGGGCAUCCUGCACGCCCCCGACAACGGAUGGGGCAACCUGGUCUACGUAGUGAACUACCCGAAAGACAACAAAAGGAAAAUGGAUGAAACUGAUGCAUCUUCAGCUGUGAAAGUGAAGAGAGCAGUUCAGAAGACAUCGGACCUCAUCAUUCUUGGCCUUCCCUGGAAGACGUCAGAGCAGGAUUUAAAAGAUUAUUUUAGUACUUUCGGUGAAGUCAUUAUGGUACAGGUGAAGAGAGAUACCAAAACUGGGAAUUCAAAAGGGUUUGGCUUCGUCAGGUUCACAGAAUAUGAAACACAAGUGAAAGUGAUGUCGCAACGACACAUGAUUGAUGGACGAUGGUGUGAUUGCAAACUUCCCAAUUCCAAGCAAAAUGCAGAUGAGCCAUUAAGAAGCAGGAAAGUGUUUGUGGGUCGCUGCACUGAGGACAUGAGUGCUGAUGAACUCCGUCAGUUUUUUUCCCAGUUUGGAGAUGUCACCGAUGUAUUUAUACCUAAACCUUUCCGUGCUUUUGCUUUUGUCACUUUUGCUGAUGACCAGGUUGCCCAGUCUCUGUGUGGUGAAGAUCUGAUCAUUAAGGGGGUCAGCGUGCAUAUUUCCAAUGCCGAACCUAAGCAUCUGAAUGCUAGACAACAGAUAGAUAGAGGACGAUUCACAAACAGCCAGGGUGGCUUUGGCAAUCAGGGUGGGUUUGGAAACAACAGGGGUGGUGGGGGAGGAUUGGGUGGCAGUCCGAACAGUAACAUGAGUGGGGGAGGAAUGAAUUUUGGAGCUUUUAGUAUUAACCCAGCAAUGAUGGCUGCUGCCCAGGCAGCCCUACAGAGUAGUUGGGGAAUGAUGGGAAUGCUGGCUAGUCAACAGAAUCAAUCUGGUGCUGCAGGGGCAAACCCACAGCAAAAUCAAGGCAAUGUACCAAGGGAACAGAAUCAGCCAUUUGGAACAAAUAAUAAUACGUAUAGCUCAAAUUCCGGUGCAUUAGGUUGGGGGUCGGCAUCCAAUUCAGGUGGUCCUGGUUUCAGCUCUGGUUUUGGAUCCAGCAUGGAGUCCAAAUCAUCGGGUUGGGGAAUGUAAAAAGAUUUGUACGUGCUUAGCAAAUGUGAAGAAAGAGUGUAGAGAUUUAAAUAAUGGUAAGUAAACACAAAAGUAGGUUUUCACAAACUUUUUCUUGCUAUAUAAUUGAAGAAAAUUUUUAAGCAGUUGCCUUGCAAUGUCAUUCAAGACACUGAUGAUAAGGUGAAUUUUGAAAGUGCUUCUUCCUGUUCCUGAUUCAUACUGCAGUAUGUAGUUCUGUCAUGAGUUUAAUUUCUUAAACUAAUGAACUGUAAUUUAUGUGCACACAGUUGUUACUCUUCUAUGAACUCCAGUCUCUCAGUUGUGUUGAGCAUUUGACACAAUGUCCAAGUUAGUGUUGAACAGCAUGGGUAACCCGGCCCUUUCAUUCCUAUUGAAGACUAUGAAGUUAUAACUUCAGCUGACUGAGGUGCAGUUUUACUCCAAAUGUAUGUGCAGGGUAGACAAAGGUUUCUACCUUUUAUUACCUAGUAAACUGCAUAUAUUUUGUAAUAAUGCUAUCAUUGUACCAAGAUAGCCUUUUUUAAUUGGUUAAAUUCACUUCUCCUAAUCCAGGUUCUAUCUUGUGUGUACCCAAAACAGUUCUAAACUGUAUAGAGAAAAUACUUCCAAAAGAUAUCUAAAAACGAAACCACUUUACCAGUACCUCACGAUGAACUCUUUGUCAUAAUACCAGUGAAUACGUUCACCCAAAUUAAUUGGCUUUGCAUUUUCUCCAUUGGCAAUCCUUCUAGCAAUGAACUUUUCUUGAAUAUGAACUAUGUUGAGUGAAUUUCCCUGUCUGGUCAUAGAAUUUAUUUGAAAUGUUCUCAUUAAAUGAAAAAGUGAGUUGCUGAAAAGGCAUUACAUUGGGUAAUCGGAGCUGAAUAUCAAUUUGGAUCUGGUUAUCUUCACCUUUUUUUUCCCCCCACAGUGGACAUAAUGGAUCUUUAAUAACCAUUGUGCACUUGUGUCUAUACCUCAGUAGAGGUAUUAUUUACAUCCUCCAUAGAAACCAUUUUUUUCUGAAUUUAAUGCAAAUUUGUGGUAAAGGGGAGAAUGAUCUUUAUAGCAGAUGUCUUUUGCAAGGGCUUUCAUUGAAGUCUCAAAUAGAGUUUAACCAGCCUAAGGAUUACAAAUAUUUAAACUAAUAUUGACUUGUUAAAUCGCAUCUUUUGUGUUUCUAUCUGCAUUUUUUUUGGCUUACAAUAAUUUGGCCUUCGAUUUUGCAAAUUUGGCUCCUGCUUCCAAGUCUUUUCUGUUUAAUGUGCAUAAUGACAUAAGUGAAUAGACACUAUGCCUUCAAUGCAAUUAGGAGUAUUAUUUUCAAAUGUUAUUACAUUUAAGAGUAACACCCCCUUUGCUUUCUGUAAUUUUGAAAAUGUCAUAAACAUCUAUAAGUAUAUUGGUGAGCUAAAGGUUUUGGAAUGAGUUACGGUUAAAGGCUGGUAUGUUUUUGAAUCCAAAGCAUUUUAAAAUUGAAAUGCAAUUGCACCCAUGUUUUCAUUUAUAAUUGUAUAACCUCUGCAGGAUCACGGUUAAGUUUUGCCAGAUCUACAUAAUUCUUCUAAAUGUUUUCUUGACUUUGUACUAGCAAAUAACACUUCAGUUCCACAUUGGACAUCAAGCAAGUUACGUAACCAUGCUAUGAGAGCAGCAUUGGUGAAUCUAAAAAGACCCUUGCUAAAGAUAUAUUGUUAAUCUCUUGAGUUGAUACAUUUGUUGAAUUGCUGGUUUUCCAGAUUAGAUCAUUCAUUGCAUUGAAUGUCCAGUAGUGAAUCUAUGUGCACUGGGAUAUUGCUGUUUCAUUCCAAAUUAUCCAUCUUAAAGUUUAGAAUUAACUCCCUGCUAAAUGUAGUCUUUACCAGCUCUGCUAGCCAAAGGAGGGUUGUGGAGGUAUUGUUUAAGCAGCUGCAAAUAGGAAAUGAGCAACAUUGUGUAGAAAAUCUUUUAACUUGGGUACAAAAACUUGAUCUAAUGUUUAAUAGAAUAUUAUGUAGAGUUUUCAUAAUUGAAUUUUUUUUUAAGGAGUGGUCUGGAUCUCCAAGCAUGAGCACCUACAUAUGUAUAGAAAAUGCUUUCUCUAAACCAUUUCGCCACAUAACUACAGGCUGCACGGAGGUUCAGGUUCUAUUCAAAGGGACCACGGUUGGUGUUCCAUUUUUGUCCUCUACUGUUCUUUUCAUCGAUUCGUUUAUCAGCGCUGUGAAACAAGAUAUAAUGCAGAGCUGUAAUAACAUAAGUUGAUGCCUGGUAUGGGAUUGAUGCCAUGAUGGUGCCAACGAAUGAGAGGGCUAGUAUGAGCGAGGAAGGAGAGAGCGCAUGCAGACCUGGUGGUGCAUUUUAAAGCAUGGAAAGAUGUGGCUCUCAAUCCCUUGGCAUGGUGAGAGAAUGCAGAGGAGAAGUGGGAUACAGUACGAAUGUUUUUCUUGUAUUCACAAAGGACGUCCGUGGCUGAUGAGGGAGAAAAAACUUUGGAGUGGUGAUAUUUGCUUGUACCUUGAGUAAUUGGAAAAUGUUGACUGUGUUUAGUGAAAUGAAUUUCUCCAGGGGUUGAAACCAAGAAAAUCUCAGUUCGGUAGUAUUUAAAAAAUCUAAAAAAAUCAGAACAUUGGGUUGCAAUUUGAGUUAGAAAAUAAAUAUUUGCAAAGGGUUUAAUUCUAACUGAAAUAAACAUUCUUCUAAUUAUAAAGUGCACAAUAAAAUAAUUUUGCUUUACGCUUGAAUUAAGUUGCAGGUUGUUUGGUAAAUGCAAUUCCGUCAGUCCCUAAAAAGCUACAAAGAGGACUGCUAAUGUUUUUAAUCUAGUUUCAACCCCUGAAUAGUUUGUAUCUUUCCCCUCCCUGUUAACCAUGUGUGCCGAAUGGUUGGUGAUGUAUUUUUGUAUUACUGAUUUGUAAGUGUGGACAAGUGAAAUGAUGUGGUGUUAUGAAGGAACAAUAUUCUGGGGAGUGUAUUGUGUAUUGCCUGCCGGAGAUGACUUGUGUGAGCUCAGUGUUAAUCUUGAACAAGAGUGUACGUUUGUGUUUUCUGCGAGUUUAUUGUGAAUGAAUAAUAAAUGACUGCUUGAGUUAAGUGUGUUUUGAAGCCCAUUUUUUAAAAUGUCAUUGUAGGUAAUUCUUAAUAAAAAUUUAACUUGACUGAA